CUUCUACGCCGAGCUGCAUGCAAUUCUAUGGGGGGCUGCCACCACUACCCCACCUGUGUUCGUGGAUUCUGGGUCGGGGAUAGUCUCAUCAGCGACGCCUGAGGAUUCUGCCGAUGGGGUAGAGGAGGAGGAGGAGGAGGAGUAUGAGCUUGCAGAGAGCACACAGCACUCCAUUCUCCCCAACAGCCAGGAUCUUUUUCUCACCCUGACUGAAGUACCCUCCCAAGCCUCCCAAGCCAGUACCCAAGACUCUGACCCCAUGGAAGGGACCUCAGCAGCUGCAAAUUCCUCAAGCCUCCCCCCUCCAUCCCGAAGGUUAUCACAGAUAAGGCGUCGUAAGAAGAAAACGCGAGACGAGAUGUUUUCUGAAAUUAUGGAAUCCAGCCGCAGUGACAGAGCUCAUGUGAAUGAGUGGAAGGAAACAGUUUCAAAGUAUAGGAAAGAAGUCAGUGAACGUGAGGAGAGGAGGGACCAACGUGAGGAGAGGAGAGACGCUCGAGAUGAGAGGUGGCGGCAGGAAGACCAGAGGACGAAGGAUGCAACGCUGGGGCUGCUCCGGCGUCUGGUGGAGGUUCAGGAACGGCUGCUGGAAAACAGACUGCCGCUUCAGCCCCUGUUCCACCCUCCCCCCUCCCCAUGUUCCGUAUCCUCCUCACCCAGACGUGUAAGAACUUGGGGGGGGGGAGGCUUCGUACACCUUCCCAUUCCACCCCAGUAGACAGCCCAAGCAAAAGGUUGUCAUUUUUUUAAGCUUUUCUUUGUGGCUUUUUCCUUCCCAGCAAUCCUCCUCCCAAAUACCACCCGGGUUCCCUCCCUCUUUUUCUAAUCUA